AUGGAGAGCAGCCACCAGGGCCAGGCACUGAAGGAGGCGAAGGAGGCGCAGGAGAACGAGACGAGACGAGACGAGCCGAGCCGGGCUGCCUCCGCAAUUAACACAUUGGCGAUGGAGAAUAUCAGAUCCGACGCCUUGAAGGGGGGAACUUGCGAGGCCCUACACCAGGAGACCGCAUCUAUUAGACGCCGCGAUGAGGUUGCAGGCGGCAGCGGCAACGAGAACCAGAACGAAAUACGAACGAUAAAGGAAAUCGGUCAGAUGGUCUUCUUUGUAGAGCUGAACUCUGAGGGAUGCGAGGAUGUGAUCGGAGAUUGUCCUGACAGGUCGAAGACGUUGUCGCACAAUGCCGGCCUCGCACGAGGCGGCUGCGGACUUCAUUUGAGAUGGCGGUCCAUGGCCCAUGAUGACAGCUUCACCAAACGCAGCAGGCUGAUGCAAGCUCCCCUCGGCAACACCAAGGAUGAACAGGGCUCGAUAGCCAUGUUUGCAACGGCGAGAAACGAUGAGAUCAAUCCUACUUGGGGCAAGCCGUUCGCCAUGUGCGACAUCAAGUUGUAA